AUGUCCACGACAAUAGAACGUGAAAUAUCUUCAGUGAAGGGGUAUUUCUUACAAGACGACCCCGCUACAGACCCAGAGACCUUUGACUACGUCCAUUCAAGCUUCGGCCUCAUUAAUCAGCCGUAUAGCACAGAAUCCACGGCUAGCCAAGAAGUCACCCAGUGGAAGCGCUUUAAACAGCACAUCGAUCUAUUGAACAGCCAGAGCGACACAAAAAGAUUCAAAGUCCUUUUUCUUGGACGACACGGACAAGGCGUCCACAAUGUCGCAGAGAGUCACUACGGCACAGAGUGCUGGGAUGCUUAUUGGUCUCUCCAGAACGGAGAUGCCGAGAAUACAUGGGUGGACGCCCGACUCACGCAGGAAGGCAUCGAUCAAGCAAGAGUCGCGCACGAGGCUUGGAAAAAGCAAAUACAGGACGGAAUCCCAUCACCCCAGUCUUACUACGUUAGUCCUUUGAACCGGUGCCUGGCAACCGCCCGAGUGACUUUUGAAGGACUUCCAAUUCCACGUGUCGACCCUUUCCAGCCGAUGAUCAAAGAGUUGCUCCGCGAGACUAUGGGCCAGCACACCUGUGACCGUCGCUCCACUGCCACGGAAAUUGCGGAAGAAUACCCAUCGUACCACUUCGAGGAUGGCUUUACUGAUGAGGACUUGUUGUGGGAUCCGAAGGUCCGCGAGAGUAACGAAGAUCGUAAUAAGCGGCUUCGCUCCCUGCUUGACGACAUCUUUGCUACUGAUGAAAGUACUUACAUUUCGCUGACUGCGCAUUCCGGCGCUAUUACCAGCGUUUUGGAGGUUCUGGGUCAUCGAAAGUUUGCACUAGCUACUGGCGCGAUGAUUCCUGUGGUUGUUAUGGUAGAGAGACAACCGGGCUUCUUGAAGCGGAAAAUGUAA